AUGGCAAACGAGGCGGUCGGGGGCGGCGGAGUGGUUCGUGGAGGGGCUAUACAGGUGCGCGGGGCCACUGGGAAGGCGGUCCCGUGCGCAGAUCGAGUAGAGAAGCGUGCUCACUGUGGCGGCUCCAAUGGUGACGGCGUUCCGGCGGCCGUGGCGCACGCGCCGGCAGCGUUCCGGCGAGAGGAUGGAGCUCCGGGGUACCUCCUCAUGGGGAGCUCGGACGAAGACUCCGGGGAGGAGGAGAUGGAAUUGCGUCAUGUGAAGACUACACCGUGGGUUUGGGUUCUCAAGGACUUAGAUAUCGAUCUGAUCGAGAAAUUUAAUGCUGCCGGCCUAACUUGUCUCAAGAAGGAGGGUGAACUUGUGUCUUUGUGGGACCGUAGAAUGAAAGAAUGCACGGAUGAGAUCUUACCCAUAACUACUUUCAUUCUGAGUAGCCUUAUCCAGGAGUUUGCAGACAAAGUCAAACGCACAGGAGAGAGACUUUCUGAUGUUUCCACCGCAGCUUUGUUGCGUAUCACCAAGGAGGCUGACCUGAUCUGUGAGAUGCUGAGUGUUGGUGCCAAGCCUGCUGAUUACUUAAUCAUUCAAAGCACUGAGAUCCGCAUGUGCGCUUUAAGCCUUACGAGCCACCAAUUGUGUGAUUCUGUUCCUGCUGCUGCUGCUAUGGUGGGAAUCAUGCAGGAGACCAAUAAAAUAUGUGACUGGAUAAGACAAAACCGUAAGCCUUUUGACGGGUUUGACAGGGACUUGGAUAAUGAUUUCGAGUUGGGUCGCCAAGUUCGGCAGGGAACCCUGUACUUCAUGAUCAGCAUGCUGGAAAAGUCUCCCUUUUCUGUUUCUGCUGCUGCUGCUGCUGACCAAAAACCUGUUGAGGAAAAAUCUUUUAGUGGAAAUAUUCCUAGAAAUGAUGGGAAUGACAUUGCUCCUGCUGAAGCAGCAAACUCUACAGGGGGCAACACACAAGAUCAGGAAAAGAUCACUAGCACAGAUUCUAGUAAGAAGAGGAGGAUGGAAGAUGCGGACAAAGAAGCAGAUGACGAAGAACUCCUCACGGGCUUUUGUUUUCUCAUUGAAGCAGAACUUGGCCGCUGCCGAAGUGGAAGUAAGCUAAGCAAGAGGGGAGGCAGACACUGCAACCUUGGGCACGGAGAUGAUCAUGGAGUGCGUCUUCGGCUAGAGUACCUCGCGGAGAGCUCGCAUGACACCAGGAAGAUUCAGAUGGAAAUCUGCACUGACAAGGAUAGGAUGGCCGUAGAUUCUUCGUUCGAAGAUUUGGAAGAGGGCGAUGAUGCAAAGACUGUACCACCGGUUGGGAUUGUCAAGUUUUGUCUCAAGAAGGAGGAGGAACUUGUGUCUUUGUGGAACACUCAGGUGCUGCGUUCCCCGAUUGUGAUCUUGCCUGUCAACACUAUCGUUCAGAAUAACCUGAUCCAGAAGCAUGCACAUUCAAUCAUAUUUGCUGAAGAGGGCGGACUUCCUGUUGCUUCCACUGUUGCUUUUGCGUGUAUUAGCAAGGAGGCUGACCUGAUAUGUGAGCUUCUAAAGCAUGGUGCUGAGCCUACUGAUGGCAUCAUCCAGCAGAGCAGCAUGAUCCGCAUGUGCGCCUUGAGCCUUAUGCACCUACAAGGAUCCCGUGCCAUUGAUGCCGCCGCCGCCAUGGUGGGCAUCACAAAAGAGUGCAAAUUGAUGUGUGAUUGGAUAAAAAAAGAGGACAAGCUUACCACCUUCAGCUUUUUCACACGGCACGAGCCUGAGGAAUGCCGCUUGAUUCGCGCCAGAACCUUGGACGUUAUGCUCAGCAUACUGAAAGAGUCUUCCUUUCCUUCUUCCAAGAUCGACCCGCCACCCAUUGUUCCCAAGCCACCAGAUCCUCCAAUCAUUCCCUCACCUCCUGAUCCACCUCCACCACUCCAGACAAACACAUCGAACAACACUCUGAUUCUCCCUGAUGCGGACCUUCCGAGGUCUCUGCAAGCUUUGCAGCUCUCAUCACGUGCUGCCAAAAGCUUUCAUCGCCAACAACAAGAUGCAGUGGACACGUGCCACAAUUUGCUCACGAAAGUUGCGGAUCCCCAGGGGACUGGAACAGAGAUCAAGCUACAGCCUGUCAGAAUCGAACUUCGGAACGCAUGGAAGCAGAGCUAUGAAACCAUCAAUGAGCUGCGGAGGCGCGAGCAGAGGAUGCUGUUGCGGGUGCCUUCGGCAGUGCGAGCAGCAUGUGGAGGUGCCGAUCCCGUCGCUGAAGAUAGGCCAGGUGCUCAUCAGGAUGGGGGCCACCAGAGUCAACGUCGUCGACUGGAAGUCUCACAACGGCAUCUCGUGGCCCUUCAUGCCUAG